AUGAAGCUCCUCAUUCUGUGCCUGUUUUUGGCCGUAGCUUACGGCGGACUAGCCCCACUCCAUCUCGCCAAGACGCGGGGCGUUCCCAAUAGAUAUAUCGUAAAGAUAAAGGUACGUUCCAUUGAUGGUGUGGAGUACAUUGAGCAAGACGGCGUCGGUGAACUCCUGACGAAAUAUUGGGCCCCAUCUUGGGGGAUCGACCGGAUUGAUCAACGCUCCGGAACAGACGGAACCUUCACGAUCAAUAUAAAUAAUCCAGGCAAGGGGGUGAAAAUCUAUGCAGUUGGCACCGGUCUCCAGAUAACCCACUCCGUAUUCACUCAUCGGGCCAGGCUACUGUACGGAAAGAGCGAUGCCUCCGGUCACGGAACCCACUGUGCAGGCAUUGCUGGUGGGGCGACUUACGGCGUAGCUCGAGACGCUCUGCUGAGAAGUGUACGGAUUUGCGACUCGGUUGGACAAUGUUACAUUUCAAGACUCUUUGAAGGUUUGGACGCUGUGAGCAAAGACGGUUCGCUGGUAACCAACAAGGGAGUUGUAAUGAUACCACUAGCCUUCGGCUCGUCAUCGUCCAUCAACACCAUUGUACAAAAGUUAUGGGAUGAAGGUUUCGUAGUUACCACCGCAGCUGGUAAUGCAUUCUCAAGUGCUUGUGAUACAUCACCACAAUCUCUUUCAGAUAUAAUUACAGUUGCCGGGACGGAUAAAGACGACAGACGUUUAAGUUAUUCAAGCUACGGUUCGUGUGUUGACAUCUUUGCUCCUUGCAAGGAUAUUCUAAGUGCUACAUUUAGUUCUUCAAGCAACAGUGCUACAGCGACUGCGUCUGGGACGUCUUUUGCGUGCGCACACAUGGCAGGUAGGUUUAAAAGCACUGGCCACUAA